AUAGACGCAUUUUCAAUGUCUGAAACGGGAAGUACUUCUUCUGCGCGUUUUUUUAUGGCGCGCGCACACCGUCCCCCACACAAGAGAUCGACGGCCUUAAAGUUACACUGGAAUAAACAGAGGAUGGACCAUUACGUUGUUUUUAGGAAAACUAAGAGAGUGACACUCCGGGACGAAGACAUGACUGCAGAAAAACUGGGUCGCAUCUUUCAGGUAUCCGCGCAUACUCUGUACAUCACGGAUGAUUCAAACGUGGCUAUGUUCCCCGGUGCGGUCUCUGGUGUUUUCAGCGCAUUAGACCUUACACCCAGAGGUCACUAUGAAGUCCACGGAGAAGACAUGGAGUCAAUUCCAACAGCAGGUUCCAGCGGGCAGCGUUUUGCAUUUAUGCGAGCACCAGCUGUGGCAGCGUCUGCACCUUCACGUUCACAGCAGGCUACUUCAAGUUCCCCUAUGUCCUCCAAAACAUUUCAGAGAUCAGUGUACUUUGCAGAUGUAGUUGGUGGGAGGUUGAUUCCCAAUAGAAUGGUGGUUGUACGAUUCCUGGAGUCUGAGGCUACGCUUCAAGGGAUAGUAGGAAAAGUGCAAGAUGCCAUUGGUAAUUACAACCCAAUAAUUUUGACAGAUGCACAGGGCAAUGCAAUUCUGGAGUCGGAGGGCACAACAGGGUCACAGUACUGGAGACAAAAUGCACGAAAAAUUCUUGCUGUGCCUGAACAAGACUUUAAUUGCCUCCAGGGAACAAAGAGGAAGAAACUGAGCAGCCGUAAAGAUGAUGACAGUGCCAGUUUGGGAGAAGUGAGUGACAAAAUAGAAGAGUUGGUGUUGGCAUCUCAAAGUCUGCCAGCUGUCACAGCAGCAAUCAAAGAGCUCACUGAUCUUGCAGUUGCCCAGAAAGUCACAACCCCCAAGCUGCAGACACUCAAGGAGGGAUUUAGCUGCGUGGUUUGUAUGAACAUCAUUGAGGAUCCAGUGUUCUCACUGUGCUGCAGAAGCAUUAUUGGCUGCAAGACAUGUGUGGAACAGUGGCAAGAGACAUCACAGCACUGUGCAAAAUGCAGGGAGAGUAACAACGGAGUUCUACAAAUUACUGGUCUAACAGCUGCAUUUUCUGUAUUGAAAUCUUUUUUUGCAGAGGAGUAAUGUAGUGUGUACACACAAAUGUUUACAGUCAGUUGAUUUUUUUUUUUGUCUGUUCUGUACAGUUUACAGAUGCAGUGGUUCAUACAUUUCUCUGAGUUAUGUUUAUGAGACAGAGCAGAGCUUCUUUGUAUGGCAUAAAGUCACCAUUUACGGCUCUAAAAAACAAAUGUGAAAUAUCAGGAUAUUUUUCUGCAAAAUGACUCUCUGUUCUAAGUUUGUCCUGUUCGGUUGUGAAGGGAUCAACUCCAAAAGUCGAAUAUUCUUUGAGUGCAGAUCCCAAGUGCUGCCUGUAAAGGUCUGCUGCUUCAAGUGCAUUUGGCAAGA